CCAAUACGUAUCGUUCUUUAAGGCCCGAGAUUCUUUCAACAACGGAACACAAUUGAUGCCGACACAGAUCAUACGACUUUGGAGGCCGUCAACAAACCCUCCCGUCUUCCGCCUUAGGGUCUCAUCUUCGUUGCUCCCGCACCCACAAGCUGUUUGCUGUCCAGCUACCUAAGGUACCUGAGGUAUCCAAGCUCGCAACAGGACCGGGAAACAGCCGUCUACUCACGCCCGUCUGUUCACCUUAGCUCGGGCUCCCUCUUCCGUCCACCUAUGCAACCUCCGCCGUCGCCGACUCGGAACAGCCAGAACCACGGCCGCGGCGCACCAACUGCUCACUCUACGACUGCUUCAGCUCUGUCAGCAUCCGGCAACAAUGCUAACCCGGCUAUCUCGACCGCCCUGCAAGGUGCAACGCUCGCGUUCAAUAACAACAACAAUAACAACAAUAACAACCAGAGGAAGACGGUAGCAGGAGGCAGCAGCGGUCCUCAGCCCCCGCCUUCGAGGACACACAAUGCUGCACAGGGUGCUAGCCACAGCACGAAUACUGCAGGACAGGCACAACAAGGGACGGAGCGGCGAGGCCGAGAGAAGGUCAAUGGGGCGCUAUUGGCUGCUACGCACGCUGCUGCCCCUCGGCCGAGAUCGGCUGGUGAAUCGGGGAAUACAGCUACAGCUACAGCUGGCUUGAGUCGGCAAGUAACGGGGGCCAGUGCUGGUAGAGGCGGGACGGUGCAAGAAACGGCACCGGGGCCGACACCAGGCGGAGAAGGAGGAGGAGGGCAUUUGCACGGCGGAAUGGUUGCGCAGAGGUUAGCGGAGCUGCAUGCUGCUUGUGGAAACGGGAGUGCGCUCCUUUUGGCUCCGGGUGGUGGGAGGCUGAGCGCGGCAUCGCCGUCGCCGUCGCCAUCGCUUAUUGCCGCGACCUUGGCUGCGAGCAGGUCGGCCUCGCCUGUCCGGAUUCCUAGCCCACAGCCGAGCUUGGAGGGCGGGAGGAGGGUUGCUCGGAGCAGGGGACAGAGCGUAGGCUCUGCGAGCGUGAUGACGGGUGGUUCGCUGGGAUUAGGGGGUACGAGAGCCGGCGAACGGAGAGCGGAGGCGGAGGGCCCGGACACGGCGCCUAUUCCGCCGACCACCUCGCUGGUGUCUCUGUUCGAGAGUAGAAACGGUCGGGAUGACGUGGAUCCCGUGAAGAGGAGGGCACCGUUGCUGGUCAGACAGGUGGGAGCAGAAAAGGCGCUGCAAGAACAGCAAAAGGUGGAGCCCAGACCCAGACCGAAACCAAAGCCAAAGGUGCUGCCUACGCAGGGUGGCAACUUGAGAUCGUCUGAUGGGAAGAGCCAGUUGCCACAGACAGACACUCUUAAUAGCCAGCAGUUGGCAGACCCAAAACCGACAGCUGACAGGGACAUGCGCCCAUCAACGCCCUCGUCUACCCACGCUCACCGCUAUCCUCCGAAAGUCGUUUCGCCGCGGCCAAAAGCUCCUGUCAAGACACCACGACUCAAGUCUCCUACCGCUGCAAGGAGAGCGUCAAGCACCCCAAAAAUGGCGGAAUCAACCGUCCGACUCGCGCCUCUCGGGGCACAAAGCAGUCCCAAAGGUGCAUCCUUCCAGGAAAGUCAGGAGCCAACUGCAACACUGCGUCGUCUGUCGCAGAGCUCCGCCUCAUCUGACGACACAUUCGUCUCGGCCUCCUCGGUGCAGUCGUGGGCGAUGCCGCCAACCAGAGAAGCAGGCAAGGCGUCAGACCGACCUGCGCAGCCCCGUCAGCGACCUCCCGCCCAAACAGAACGCUCCACGCUAGACCUACACCAUCUGCCAGCACGAAACGCUUCCACGCCGAAUUUGACCCUCAGCUCCCUCACCAACGCCAUCGUCGCCGGCAACCUGGCUUCGUCCCGUCUGACGUCUACCACAACAGCCCACUCCAUGUCCCACCCGCCUCCGGUCCCCGCACCCCGCCGUUCUGGCGGUGGUGGUGGCCGCAGCCCGCUCCAGCCACAGCGCACAGCAGAGAGCGUCCGCUCCCAGCAAGCACAGGGCGCUGCCGCUCACAAACAACGACAGCAGCGCACCGGGGGCAGCAUGCUCCUCCCGACGCUGCGCGGCCCGCACCCUUCGCUGUCGGACGACGAAGACGCGCGCCGGCGCAUGCACCACCACCACCACGGCCACGGCCACCACCACGGCGGGCGGCGCAGCGCCACCAAGGCGCUCCUCAGCGGCGGCAACCGCAAGCACGCGCACCACGAAGGGUCGCGCCGGCGCUGGCGCGACGAGGUAACGGCGCGCGAGCGGCGGCGGUACGAGGCCGUGUGGGCCAGCAACCGCGGCCUGUUCCUGCGCCCCGGCUGGGGUUUCUCUUCCGGUCAAGAUCAUCAUCCAGAUGGUGAUGGUCAUGAUAAUGGUCAUGAUGGAGAUAGAGGUAGAGCGGGGGAGGGCACGCCCGAGGCGGAGCUGGUGGUCAACAUCGUGGUGCGCGACAUCUGGAGCCGCAGCCGCUUACCCCCGGACGAGCUGGCCGAGGUGUGGGACCUGGUCGACAGGCAAGGGAGGGGCACGCUGGGCAAGGAGGAGUUUGUCGUCGGCAUGUGGCUGAUCGAUCAGCGGCUGCGGGGCCGGAAGAUACCGGCGCGGGUGGGCCAGAGUGUGUGGGAUAGUGUUACUGCCGGGGGCAGGCACGGCGUUGUGGUGCCGCCUCCGCCUUCUUCGUAUGGGAAGGGUGGGAAGGAGAGGAAGAAGAGGGAGCGCUGAGGGCCCGCGUAUGUUCUUCUUUUCUUUUUCCUUCUUUUUUAUUCGGUCGGGGUGGGAGCAAUGACACUGCACAGUUCAACUCGCGCUGGGCAGAGGUGAGAUUUCCGUGAGCAUGGACGGUAGAGAUUGUAUUUGUAUGGGACCGGUGCCACGCACCUUUUCUUUGUUCUCUUUUGGCGUUCAGUUUUCCUUUCGCGAGCGCACCAUACCUACUAGUACCUAGUGAUACCCCGGGAGAUAUCUCAUAGACAAAAACAAAAGUUUAAGUAUGCUCAACCAGCUCUGUCUCUC